UCGGUGACUCUGCGUGAACCAGAAGCGCAGCAGUAGUGACCGACGAGGUCAUCACCGAUAGUUCCUUUACAAAUGGGCCAUAGAAACAACUAGUACCUUUUCUAGUUCCAGCCAUCCGCACCUUACAACCGCACCUGGUGACAACGACACCACCCCACUCUUGCAGGUUACCAUUUUCCAUCUUUGAGCGGUUUUCCACCUAAGGUCGGCAACAAUGGCAGCAAUUCCAUCAAGUGGCUCCCUUAUCGCCACCCAUGAUUAUUACAGAAGGCGCAUCGGGUCCACAUCGAGUAACAGCUCUUGCAGCAGUGCUGAGUACACAGGAGAGGCCAUUCCACACCAUCCAGCACUUCCACGGCAAGACUCUGACCACUGGUGGACUUCGUUUUUCUUUGCUAAACAGAACCAGCCCGGCAUGCAGAACAGCUCUGAAAAUCAAAAGAACAGUACCUACACAGUGGCCAAUGGCCAGGUGACCUGCAUCGCCAGGCAAAUGGUGCUGAACAGACAGGUCAGCGAGAGCAGUGAAAACGGGAAGUCUGAACCAAUGAGCCCUCCUCCAGUUACCCCAUUCGCACCUUACUCACCCUCAGCUUGACCGUCUAUCCCCAUAGUCCAAGCAAUGGAGAUGGAGAUGACGAUGGUGAUGGCAACGAGGGUGUUUUUUCUAACUUUUAGUCGGUAGAGUUUGCUUUUCCUGUUUGCCUGUAUAAAUUAUUACAUUUUUGUUAUGACCAAAAGUAAAAAAAACAAACAAACAAACAAACAAUGUUUUUUCAUAUAGUUCUUCUUAUGACUUGACAGUGUUAUCAUUAAUACUAUUACCAGUACUACUAAUAAAAUGCUUACAGUGAGCA